CCAUCUUCCACAGGAACAGAGAAAAACCUAUCAUUUUUCUUGAUCGGAGAGUGCUGAAAUAUGGAGUUGGAUGAGAAAGAAGUGCUGGCAUGCUGCGGAAGCACCAAGUCUGCCCGGGAAAUGGUUUUAAAGUCUCCUUUUCCGUCCUUGGAUCAUGCUGUCGCCGCCGCCAGAGACAUCUGGUUUAACAAGGUUCAUGUUUCCGGCUGGCUGGAAGCGCUUGCGGCUCAUCCCCAUAUCAGAAACCUCCCUUCUUCUAACACCACCAGUGCUAAGUCUCUCACUGCCUCCACCCUUUUCUUUGAUUCUUAUUAUUGUGUUUUCUAGGAAGUAGUUGUUUUUUCGUUUUUGCAGAAUAGAGAAUAUAUUAAUAGGAGGCAGUUGUGAAAUGGUAUCGUCUUGGCCUAGUGCUUUCCUGUAAAAUGGUAUCGUCUUGGCCUUCUCAGGUACUAGCUGAAUGGAAUGCUCGGUAUAAGCAAAAAUUUGGACAUAUUUUUAUAAUUUGUGCAUCUGGGAGGAGCACUGUUGAAUUACUUGCUGAGUUGAAGAGACGAUGCUCAAACAGGCCCAUAGUUGAGAUUGAGAUUGCAGCUGCAGGGCAGAUGAAAGUCACCGAGUUACGACUGGCAAAUCUCUUUUCUACUAAAGCAAGAGCCACUUCAACAGGAGUUCUGUAUCCAACAGUCGAUACACAGAAAGCAGGAGAAGAUCGUGUAAGCAUAAUUGGAGCACGCAUAACUGCUGAUUCAGAAGCUGUCGCUGGAAAACCGUCUCGUGUUCCAGCCCAAAACCGUCCACCCAUUACAACCCAUGUCUUGGACACUGCUAAGGAGUCUCCAGCAGCUGGUAUCGAGGUAAAUCUGGAAAUGUGGAAGGGCACUUAGCCCCGUCCAUUAGUUGGCAAAACAGAUUCAAGUGGUUGGGUACUCCAAGGGUCCUCAACCUCAAACAAGGAUGGACGAAGUGGUCAGCUUAUGAAUAUGGUCGAUGCUUUAACCCCUGGAAUAUACAGGAUAAGUUUCAACACGGGCAAGUACUACCUGGCUGGCUUCUUCCCGUAUGUCUCAAUUGUAUAUGAAAUCAGAGAAUCACAAAAGUGGGAACAUUUUCAUGUUCCUCUGCUCGUUUCGCCAUUCUCAUUCUCCACCUAUCGUGGAAGCUAGAACUUGUGUCAUGUCCUUUGACAAACCAGGAACCAUUUUCUGCUGUACUUUCUCUGGAAUGCUGUAGAUAUGAUAUUCUUAACUGAUUGAUAAACAUUGGACUCUUGAAGCCUCGAUAUUCAAAUAAUAAAAAUAAGCAGGUUAU